AUGGCUUCUAUCGAGUCCGAAGCAUUUGAACCAAGACAAACUUUGGUUAAUGCCAUAAGGAAUGUUAUCCGCGAUUAUGCAUGGGAACACAUUAUUCGCGAAUUUCUUCAAAACGCAGAUGAUGCAGGCGCACGGACAUAUCGUGUCAUUAUCGACGAACGCAAACAUCCGUCUGAAACCGGUGAUUUUAAAAAUAUGGCGGUUUGGCAGGGACCAGCUUUAUUAAUAUAUAAUGACGCCAAGUUUAAAGAUGAAGAUUUCCGAGGUAUACAGAAUUUCGGUGAAGGAGGAAAACAAAAUGAUGUAAAUACGAUUGGGAGAUUCGGUCUAGGAUUCAAUUCGUGUUAUAAUAUCACCGACGUUCCUUCCGUUAUGAGCGAUGGCUUCCUUGGGUUUUUUGACCCACACCGAACGUUUCUCCCACCAAAGGACGGGCGGCAAUUGGAUGGCUUGAGAUAUACAUUCAAUUCUAACUUUAUUGAAAAAUACCCACAUCAGGCUAGACCGUAUCUAGACAUCAAAGGCUGUUCUGAGGGCACGAUUUUCCGGAUGCCCUUACGUUCAGAAGAACUUGCCGAAGCCAGCAAGAUUCGAGAUUAUGCGAUAACCCCUGAUCAAAUCCGCGAAUAUUUGAAAGAUCUGAGAAAUCAUAUCCAAAAGUAUUUCUUGUUUUUGAAAAAUAUCGAGGAAUUUGAAGUUUUUUCAAUUAGUGCAAAUGGUGCACCCUCAUCGCCAAAAUUAGUAUGGAAAGCGAAAAUAGAAAAUAUAGACGAAUCUAUUCGUGAGCAACGAAAACUCUUGGACGAUUGUAGCCGUCAGUAUCCGCUGUCGAUUAAAGUGAUCGGCGAUGACGAAAAAGAAGAGAAGUUCAAAUAUGUUUGCGCUGUUGGACGCCAACUACUGGAUGAGUCAACCGAAUUGGGCAAAGCAACGAAAAAUAAAACUCAAAUAGUUGGCGGAGGUAUUGCUUUCCUCUUAAAGGAAACAGACAAACCUGUAGACGAGACCGAGAAGUCUGAAAAGAAAUCUGCAAAAAAGAACCAAAAAAAGCAAAAAAAAAAGAACAACAAGAGGAUUGGAGAGGAUGGACAGUUGUUCUGUUACUUCCCGUUGCAGGAGAGUACUGGAAUUUGUGCUCAUAUCAAUGCUUCGUGGGCGUUAUCAUCAGACCGACAAAGCAUACGAUUUCCUACUAAAUCUAGACAAAAGGACAUGGAUCAAGACCACUUAAAACUGAAAUGGAACGAGUAUAUACUGACGCGAGUAUUACCGAGACUAUACGUGGAUCUUUUAAUAGCGCUUGACCAGCGCGAAGAUUUCGAACUACCAAAAACUAACUCGUGCCGUCCGAUCGAGCUGUUUUGGCCAUUGAACAAGAACACACAACCAGAUCACUUCCGCAUGUAUGGAGCGACAGUCUUAUCAAUACUUCCAAAUGACUAUCCUUUUUUUAGACUUUACGGUUCACCUAAUCAAAGGGUUUGUCUAAAAAAAGGAUUUUUUUGCUCUCAAGAAAGCGUUGCGAAAGCCCUCGCGCAUUAUGGCUGUCGUGUAGUGUAUUUACGUUCUCAGAGGAUCAAAGAUUUGAUACAUUUAGAGAAAAUAGAUAAAGCUCAGGAGAUUUCUCCUAAAGAAGCGAGACAACAAUUACGGGAUAAAGAACUAGCUACCAUUUUGGAUCAAGAAGAAUGCGAGAAUGUCCUGAAGUUCCUGCUGGAGGAUAAGCAAUAUGAUGACCUGAAAGGCAUUCGGCUGCUACCAUUGGAGGACGGCACUAUGAAAAGAUUUGGUGCUACAGACGAUUCGUCGUGUUAUUACAUCGCAACAAAAGAGGAUCUAGAACUGUUUAAAAAUUAUGAUAAAUCUCGACUAGUCAACACAUCCAACCAGCUGUAUAAACUCGUUAAAGAAGCUGAGGGUGAUGCCUUUUCCUUGACAAAUGUGAAGAAUUUUGACGGGCAUGCAGCACUUUUACAGCUCGAGAGGCACUUGAAUCCUGGCUUUGAAAUCAAACCUUGGGAUUAUCAUGCGGGAGCUCCGAAUAAGGACUGGUUAACCGGUGAAUGUCUUAAUAAAAUAUGGGACUUGUUAAUUAAAUCUGAUACAAAAAUAAAUCUGUUCAAAAGGUAUCCGAUUCUCGAUAUUGUCAAUGUCGAUAAUCCGCUUGAUACAUACCUGGUUCCAAUCGAGAGAAACAUUCCUGUUUUAAGUUCUAAGCAUGCCAUGGUUGAUAAAGAACUUUGCAGUGGCUUGAUCAAGCUCGGAAUUUUAUUCACCGGCAGAUCUAUUGACAAGCCAAAUGAUGAUAUUCGGAGGUAUAUACUUGAAUGGUCAGAUGUUAACGUGCUCAUAGUUUUACAAAUGGUUUGGGAGAAUGAGGGCAAACCAAAAGACUUAUUAAAAGAUUGGAGUUCUGAGGCAGUUAAUGUUUUGAGAAAACUUGUACGAAGAAACUGGUCUGCAAUCUGGACAAAUGCAUCAACAGAAGAUCGGCGCGGCUAUGAAGACGUGCUCAAAAAUCUUCGCAUAUGGCCAAUUAAUCCUUUGCAUGAUAACGGAGAGCAGCUUGUAGCACCAUGCGAAGGCAAAAUUCUCCAAAAAGAAGUGGAAUAUUAUCCCUCUCGCCAAUUUCCUAACAUAUUCAAGAUUGCACGUGACGAUCAUGAAGGCUUUGAUAUUUUGUGCGCUCUUGGUGCCAAGAAGGUUACCGCUUAUGAGUAUUUGACAGCUGGUAACAUAAUACGUUCAGAUGUUGAAAAACCGGAAGUGUACGUGCGAUUUCUAGAAUCAAUUUUGGAAUUGAACCAGGAUCAAGUCAACCAGGAUCAAGUCUCGACGUAUCUCAAAGGACACAAGAGUAUCCCGAAUCGAAAAGGCAAGUUAGUCAAGCCCAAAGAUCUUUUUGAUGACAGGGUAGAAUUGUUUCGUGAAAUCUUUAACGGAGUUCCGGAAAGGCUUUUGAGCACUAGCUUUGAUGUGACCAGAGAUUCGAUGCGGAAACUACGUGAGAUUGGUGUAAACGUCGCAGUAACUACAAACAGUUUCAUAGAUUGUAUCGAAUACAUUGCAGGUCAAGUGGAGAGGGCAGUGAUUAGACGGAACGAUACUGUUGGCUUUCGUAAUAAGGCCUUUGCCGCUUUGAAUUAUCUGUACAAUAAUUUCUCCAGUUUGACUUUCUCUCCCGAGCAGUGGCGUUAUAUCACGACCGUCAAAUUUGUCCCUGCUGCACCAGUUCGUGAAACACCUCUCAGACGUGAUUUUGCUAUUGCCCAGGGUGGAUUCGGAUCGUUCAGGGAACUCUGCCUACCAAAAUAUGUUGACGUUGCCUGGACGCAACUGCCAGUAAUGGACGAGAAUGCAAUUCCAAAAGGAGCCAUGACAGAGAAAUAUCCGGAUUGCGGGAAGCCGAGGCCCGAAAGAGUUAUUGAACACUUGGUAUAUGUUUCUACCACGUUAAUCAAAAAUCCUAAAUGGAAGGAGGAAGGAAGGUAUGCAAUAAUCGAUCUUACUAAAUCUAUCUACCAAACUUUGACUGACAUGCUCACAGAGCAUAAUUCAGAAAUUGAAGAGUUUGAUUUUGGAGAAUAUCUGGAAGACACUGGGCCUGUUUUCUUAAACAUAAAUUGUGAUGAGAAGGAUGAUGAUCCAUACGACCCUAAGAACUGGAAAGAGGCAGCGGAGCUAAAAUUUGGAUCCACGAAACAGGAGCCUGAUUAUAUUAAAAAUAGUCUCCAGCCAUUUACGAAAUUGCUCCAGUCUGCAGGAGUUGGGACAGUAAUCAGUAAACGCUUAGAAGAACCCGAAUAUAAUCAAUCUAAAGCAUUCCUCAAGGGCAUAUCUGAGCUUCUACUUAAAGGACCAACAAUACAUGAUACUGUCUUUAAAGUACAAGGACAAGAGUUUUAUGCCAAUAGAUACGUACUAGCAGCUAACGGAGGAGUGUUUGAACGGUUUAUAAGUAAUCCGAAUUUUAAACAGCAUACUCCCUUAGAACCGUCCAUUCACAAUAUUACAGAGAUGCAGCCACGAUCGUUUGAGGUGUUUUUGAGAUUUUUAUAUGGAAUGAAUAUCGAUGACGCGAUGAAGAAUAUGGAAACUCCUACGGAGGAUGAGAGUGAUUUGGUGCAGUUGUAUUUGGAUAUUCUAUGGGCUUCAGAUUAUUAUAAACUAGAUAAUCUGCAGGCGAUAAUGGAGAGUAGGUUGUCAUGCCAUUUGACGCGUGUUAAUGUUGAUGAUAUCAAAUUUGCAGCUGAGCGGUUUGAGGCAACAAAGUUGUUGGAAGUCUGCGACGAGUUUAUCGCGGAUAACUGUCCAACAUGA